AAUGCCGAAAAUUUAUAAGCAAAAACCGCGUCACGCCUGGAUGCAAGACCCUGCGUUUAAGGAUUGGUUGACUUUAGAUCCAUCCGAUGAUCUCAAAUGUUUUUGCAAAUAUUGCAAAUCGAGCAUUAAUGCAAAGCUUUGCGAUUUGCAGGCACAUGCCAAGACUACAAAACACAAGUCUUCGGCAUCUUCUUUUUCACAGACAAACAAAAUAACAAUUGUUUCAUCUGUCUCUAUGAAAACCUCCCAGAAAGAGGCGGCACUGUGUUUGUAUAUUGCCACGCACUCAGCCGUCAGCCCCAUUGACCAUUUGGGAUUGCUGUGCGGAAAUAAUUUUCAGGAUGGCGGUGCUAUGAAGCUGCAUAGAUCAAAGUGCACAAGUGUUAUAAAAAAUAUUUUGGCUCCAAGCUUUAUAACCCUACUAAAGCCGGACAUCGGUGAUGCCAAGUACAGCUUGUUGCUUGAUGAGAGUACAGAUAUUAGUGUAUGCAAGACACUUGGUGUUGUCAUAAACUACUUUAGUUUAACACGGAGCACAUUUUUAUCCAUAGUUCCGCUCGAGGAGGGCGACGCGAAAACAAUUGCGAACAGCCUCUGCCAGGAACUAAGCAAUUUCAAAUUAAACCUGGAGAAUUUGAUUGGGAUCGGCACGGACAACGCAAGUGUAAAGGUCCCUCUUAAAAUUUUUCGAGUUUGCGACACAAGGUGGCUGUCUAUUGAAGUUGCGGUUACGCGAAUUCUGAAGCAAUGGAUUGAGCUAGAACUUCACUUUAACAAUGCUGCAACAAAUGAAAAAUGUUUCAAGGCACAAACGUUGCAUAAAUUACUAAAUGACGACGUUCAUCAUUUGUAUCUGCUGUUUUUGCAGCCAGAGCUAACUCAAAUGCAGCACAUCACCAAAAUUAAAUGACAUCGUUUUUUCCAUAAAGCCUUGAAAAAUUUUCUACCAUCAGAUCCCAUGCAAGUUAUUUCGCAUUUAAUGGAAACUCCCAUAAGGAAACACCAAUAUAUGCUGAUAAGAAACUUUGUAAAUAUGUAGUAAAAUAUCCUUUGAAUUGUUUCCCAGUUAUCAAAGAGUACUAAUUAAAAAAAAAAAUAAAUACCCUGGUUGUAUUCAUAUA